UGAGGGCGUUGUGCGGCUGACGCGGCCCUGAGGGGCCUCGGCGCAGCCCGGCACCGCCAUGCAGGCCUUCCUCAAGGGCCCGGCCUCUAUCAGCACCAAGCCCGUCGCUGCCAAGGAAAAGAGCGCGGCAGGGAGCAGCGGGGAGGGCAAGAGGACCAAACCUAUCCCCUGGGUGGAGAAAUAUCGCCCCAAAAAUGUGGAUGAAGUUGCCUUCCAGGAUGAAGUUGUAGCCGUGCUGAAGAAGUCCCUGGAAGGUGCUGAUCUUCCCAAUCUGUUGUUCUAUGGCCCACCUGGAACUGGGAAGACUUCCACUAUUUUAGCAGCUGCUAGAGAACUGUUUGGGCCUGAUUUAUUCCGGCAAAGAGUCCUUGAGUUAAAUGCUUCUGAUGAGCGUGGGAUCCAAGUGAUUCGGGAAAAAGUGAAGGCUUUUGCUCAGCUAACGGCAUCUGGAAGCCGUUCAGAUGGUAAAAUGUGUCCUCCUUUUAAAAUUGUGAUCCUGGAUGAAGCAGACUCUAUGACUUCAGCAGCCCAGGCAGCCUUAAGACGCACAAUGGAAAAAGAAUCUAAAACAACACGUUUCUGUCUUAUUUGUAACUACAUCAGCAGAAUAAUUGAACCUUUAACAUCUCGAUGCUCCAAAUUCCGCUUCAAGCCUUUGUCUGACAGUAUCCAACAGCAGAGGCUGUUGGAUGUUUCUGAGAAGGAACAUGUGAAAAUCAGUAAUGAGGCAGUAUCGUACCUGGUGAAAGUGUCAGAAGGGGACUUAAGAAAAGCAAUUACUUUCCUUCAAAGUGCCACUCGCCUAAUGGGUGGGAAGGAGAUCACAGAGAAGAUAAUCACUGAAAUUGCUGGGGUCAUCCCCAAAGAAACAAUUGAUGAGCUGCUAUUGGGCUGCCAGAGUGGUUCCUUUGAGAAACUAGAAACACUGGCAAAGAAUCUCAUCAGUGAGGGGUUUGCUGUUGCUCAGCUUGUAAACCAGCUGCAUGACACUGUUGUGGAGAGCGAAGAUUACAGUGACAAGCAGAAAUCUGCCAUAGUUGAGAAACUUGCAGAAGUGGACAAAUGCCUGGCAGAUGGUGCUGAUGAAUUCUUGCAGCUGGUGAGUCUCUGUGCCCUUGUGAUGCAGCAGCUCACACAGAACACCUGACUCCUCCAGCAGCCCUCUCUGCCAGGGGUGGCUGGGGCUCUCAGAGCAGGGACCUGUGUACUUCUGUCCUGUCUUUUUUUUUGCAAUAAACGAACUGCACUGCAGUUGGAAA